GGCAAGAACCUAGAUCCAUGAUACUUUAUGUCAAGUGUCAAACGGAAGAAGAAAAUUAUGUUUGUAUAAUUUUCUAGCAGAAAUUUUGGACAAUGUGCAUGGUUUCAUUAUUUUACAUAGUUUUUAGUAGUUUUACCUUUGUAUUCAGUGAAUUAAAUAUCACGAUAAGGAAUUAUCAAGAAUAUUGUACGCAUCCCGACUGUUCUUUGGAAAAUCAGCAUACCCUAUGUAUAGCCGCCAAUAAACAAAGUCCGAGACUUUAUGCGUCUGGGAUGACAACAUGGAUGAGAUACCAAAUCCUACUGUUACAUAAUAGGCACAGAGAUAAUAUCGCUAUGGGAUUAGAAGCCGGUCAACCACCUGCCGCUAAUAUGAGGAAAAUGUAUUGGGAUUACGAGCUUGAAGAAAUGGCAGAGGUUUGGGCUAGACAGUGUCAGAAACGACAUGAUGAAUGCAGAAACACGAUUCGAUUUAAUGUUCUUCAAAAUAUGGAUGUACGACCUGUGGUUCCGAGGGUAACUGAAGCACAAUUGUUAGCGGAUGCAGUUGGCGCAUGGUAUUCAGGUUCAAGGGUGUUACCUCCAGGACACGUAUGGUCUUUUAGACUCGGAAACUGCAGCGCCCCAGGAGGUUGUAAUGCGCACUGGUAUUCUGCAGCAGCUUGGGCCUCAACUUGGCGAAUGGGGUGCUCCCAAGCUCUUUGUACCGUGAAAAAACGGUCAUGUAUUUUAUACCGAAAACGACGAACGGUUUUUCAAGAGGAAUCUACCGAAGUACCGGCAGAAAACGUAAGCAGAUCUACAACCAAAGAAAAUGUUUUGAGACGCACAAAAUAUAUGACUGUAGCAACUUCGACGGGAUUCGAAAAUUUUGGUGGCACGACGUUAAGCUCGAAUUUGGACUCACCAUUGCAUCGUGGUAUUUUGAAGAGUAAAAAUAAACAAAAAUCACGGCGGGAGCCUAAAAUAGUAGCAUUUACAAUAUGUAACUAUGGGCCAGCUGGUAACAUUGAUGGAUUUCCAAUCUAUGAAGCUGGGACAACAUGUUCCAAUUGUCCUCAAGGCACUCAAUGUGGUGACCGCACCCAUAGAGCAUUAUGUGCCGUGAGUGGAGACCCAGAUAUACAAUCAUGAUUGAUGAAACUUUGAUUAUAAAAUUAUUGCUAUUAAAACUGAAAUAUCACAUGUCUUUUUUUAUUACACUGAAAAGCUGAGAUAUUGGUAUUAAAAUAAUGGCCUGCGCAGACGAGGCUCUUUUGUCGGCUGAGGACAAAUGUCCCUCAAUCGAGAAAAAAUGACCGCCGAGGAUUUGUCACGGACUCAAUGCACACGGUGUGCGAAUAUUUGUUGCCCGAAAUAUUCUCAGUUUAUGUUGUGUUGCAAUUAACAUGAAGUUUAACAAAAAGAAAAGAUGUUUUAAAAGAGAAUACUAGAUUCAACUAUUUAAAUCAGAUUGAGCGCGCAACUCGGACUAAAGUUUGCUGUGUGCGUUGCUGUGCCCAGUCACAUGACUUUAAUUUUUUGGGGAUACCCCCCGGCCCCUUACUCUUGUCCAGUCCGGUCUCUUGGGGUUAUUCAAGGGACUUUUUGUUCAAGGGAGGUACUACCUUUAUGGCACGGAGCACGUGUAUCCAUGCAAGUACAGGUAAUACAGCACGUAACUCAAGCGCUGAACAAAACGCGCAGUCGCACCUAUGCGCAAUGGGCAAUCGACUACAUAAGCAACUCUCACGCACGCACACUUCUGUAAAUAAACAUUCAAUGGAGCGAGAGAGACAGAACUGUACUAGGGGUACAGUACAGCACGAACCAUUAUCGAAUUCGAAUAGCUUGCAAACCGAAAUGUCAAUUAGCUCCGAAAUUUCUAAAAUGCAUCGUCAUAGCAAAACGUUCAUCUCUAGUGUACACUCUGUCUGACACGUCUGACAUGAACGGUAACAAAAAAGAUAUAUUGAAAUACGAUAAUUAAGCUAUUAUGAACAAACACGUGAUAUAGAUAUAUAUGAAUGAAUUCAAUUUGUAAAAUUUCCUAAGUUUUUCUUUUUCUCUUACGUUCUCGUUAUGGCGCUGUUGUUCAAGUGGUACAGUACCCCUAGCACCAAACAUUAUCGAAUUCGAAUAGUUUGCGAGUGCGAAAUAUCAUUGUCAAAUUUUGUAUGGAAACUUCAACAGCAGCGCCAUAAAGUACGUAACGAGAACUAAAUUCAAUCUGUACACAUUUGAAAAUAACAUUUCGGACUCGCAAACGUUACGAAUUCAAUAUUGGUUCGUGCUAACGGUACUAUAUACCUACGCUUCAACGCAGCGCGAGCUAAACGGCGAGUGCGCGUCGCUUGGCUUGGCGAGUGCGUUUUCUUUUUUCUCUCUACAAACGCCUGAGCUGGAUUUUUGUCCUUUUCUUGACAACAAAUGGCGAAAAAGUAAAUAACAUUCAUGACCUACCAUGAUUUUUGAGACAAAAAUGUUUUAAUAGUUUUACGAAUGAAAGUGUUGCGAUGAAUUAGUUAUUUGAUCUUAAACUAUUUGUGUUCUUUAUAAAAGCAGCGAAGGCAUUGUUUUUUAUCUUCAUAACACAGAGUAUAUGUAAUAUUAUUAUAUUGAGUGCACAUUCAGCGUGUUUGGAUAUCCAAUAGUCUAAUUACCAACUUUUUUAAAACUUCUUAUAUUUAAAGAUAGGGACAAACGAUUUAUCAGAAAAAUAAAAAUAAAUUAAUUAAUUUCUUUUUUUCCAUUAAACCAAUUAAAGUUGAAUUUAUUUUUAAUGGUUUUGAAUUUACCACCAGAACUCUUGGUUCGAUGACGUCUACUGUGUGACGUCAACUUUGUGUAUGCUUUGGUAAUCAUCUGAAGAUCAAAUUAUUAACUUUUUUACGUUCGGGAUAAAAUAGUAUAAUUCUUACACAACAUUUUUGAUGUUUCGAAACUCUGUAGCACAGAAAUC